AUGAGUAAUGCAGGAGAAGACGGCUAUGCCAGUGAUGUCAGUCUAGAUGAAGAUGACGAGGAGUUGAUAUGGCGUGUUUUUUAUUCGUCAAAAGAGGACAAAUCCAACGAAGGAGCAGACCUAGAUAUAGAUGAGGAAGAACUAUCAGACCUCAGCGACAUAGAGGACGAGCAGCUAGUGCAAAGAUACAAAGAGCUUAAGGAGCAGGAAUCAAAACCUCUUCUGGAGGAUGACAAAAAGAAACUCCUCAUCACCUCAUUCACAAAUGAUCAAAUGGACAAGUUUGAAGCCUACAGGAGAAUGGCCGUUAAUAAGCCUGGUGUCAGAAAGAUCUGCAACGGUGUGUUGAAUCAAUCAAUUCCACAAAACAUGGCCAUUGUGUUGGCUGGUAUCUCCAAGCUGUUUCUUGGUGACAUAAUAACAAAGGCAUUCGAGAUUCAAGAGAGGGAAUACAAAGCACAGCUAAUACUCGAUAUUGAUGCGAAGAAGAAGCGCAAAAGGGAGACUCUCAAAAGGAUGGAAAAUGGAGAGGAUGUUUCAAACGAUCCACCGGAAAGAAAACUUGAAUACUUAGGCGACAGCAAGGGCCCUCUUCAACCAGAACAUGUCAGAGAGGCCUGGAGAUUAUACAAGCUCGAGAGCAGUGGUGCAUACCUGUCACAAUGGAGCACACAGGGUGAAGGUGAUGGUAAACUAUUCAGAUAA